AUGAAGACUGAAGUCGCAAAUGGUGUGACAACAGAGAAUUUGAAGUUGUCAACUAAAAAAUCUAGGAAACUCAACCGAAAAAGGCACAGAAAUAACAGGAACAAUAUGAAGAAAAUUUCAGAUGAGGGACUCGAGGAAGAAAUCAAACUUAAGUCAAGUGGAUCUACUACUAAGUUCUUAGUUGAGCUCUAUGAGAGGUUGGAAGAGGGUGGUAAUAUGCUGUAUGCUGCAGGGCACUCCAUGCAUGAUAAGGAAUUAAUGCAGGCUGAUGCCGUUAGAACCAAUGCUGGUCAAGUUGUGGUUGGAGGCAAGACAACAACAGUCAAGUUCAUUCUUCAAAACGUCAACAAGAAAGCUCUAAGAACUGAAUUAUGGUUUCCAUGCAGCAGUGGCAAGCAUAGCAACAAGAAAGUCACUAUUCGAUACCUUAGUAACAACAAUGAGGUUAUUGCCAAGAAAACCAUGAAGUUGAAACUCACAAGAUCUCAGAUCCGACCAUAUGGGUUUACUGAUGUCACUAAGCUCUUAGAGAACACAGAGGCAGUUAGUGUUGAAUUCACUUUAAGAAAUAAAGCCAAUUCAAACCAGUUGGAAGAGAUCACCCCAAUGCUUGUCUCAUUCUCUAAAGAUGGCGCAGAAUUCUUGAACAGCGAAUCACAAUCUUCGAAACGAUCCAAGCGUUCCAUCAUUUUGGACAAUGUAUCUAAGAAAUCAAUCAAGAAACUGAAGACAAAAUCUGAGAAACGUCAAAGAAGGAAAGGCUGCCAAAAGAAAGACUUUAUUGUUGAUUUUGAGGAACUUGGUUGGGAUUCCUGGAUUGUGUACCCUAAGCAAUUCAAUGCCUACCAGUGCUCUGGAGGAUGUCCCAACCCUAUUGAUGAGAGCUACAACCCAACCAACCAUGCCCUCAUUCAGAGCCUCAUGAAGUUCAAGAAGCCAGACUCUGUGAAGAAAGGACCUUGUUGUGUACCAAGUAAACUGAAGCCACUCAGCAUGCUCUACUAUGAAGGGGAUCAACUAGUGGUGAAACAUCACGCUGGUAUGAUUGCUGACAGGUGCGCAUGUAGAUAA